AUGCCCUCUCUGAAACAAGGGGACCGCAAAAUGGCCUCCAAACCCAAACCCCAACGAACCCGCCAGACCGCGAAACAGCCCAUUAGCAAACCCAGCAAUAAAGACGAGCAAUCGCCGAUCGAUUUCACCGCUACAAUUCCUCUAUCCAUACAACAGCUUCUGCUAGAUGUCUUCAGAACAGCUCUCCUCCCUGCACACCCCACCCCGACCUCCGAGGACGCAACCACAACCGCAUCCGCAAACCUAGAUACCAAAACCCUGAUCCAGACCAUCAAGUCUCAUUUAUACCAGCGCGACUUUGAUUCCGCAUUCACAGAGGCUGGGGAAGAUCUCUUGCGAGCCUACGCCUUGCGAUGGAGCGCGGCACGCGCUUUGGGAUAUGCGGGACUUUUCAAGGCUGUCCUUAGAUGGAUGCGAGAACCGGAGUUUAGCUCUGACGAUCAAGACGCACAACGGACAAGGAUGAAUACUCGCACAAGAGUUGUUUGCAUUGGGGGUGGCGCUGGUGCCGAGAUCGCUGCGCUUGCUGCUGCGUGGCGGAGUCUUGAUUUCGGGAUCGAAGCCGUCGAGACCUUGAAAGAGCAAAUUGCGGGUGUCUCUUUGGACGAGAAGGAAGUUGAGGCUGGAACCUUGGCAGAAAAGUCCCCACAAGCGGUAUCAUCUCAACUUUCUGUUGCGGCGAUCGAUAUUGCGGAUUGGUCGAGUGUUGUUUCAAGGCUCGAGAAGGGAAUUGCGUCGUCUGCCGUCCCAGCGCCGAAAAGCUCGCCGUAUCAACCGCCACUUGUACCAGCUGAUUUAGAAAGUGGCGGAUUUUCUGUUUCAUUCCAGAGAGCUGAUGUUCUCGGUGUCUCGGAGUCGGACUUGAAAGACGUUCUUUUGGAACCGGGCUCGACUCCUGCAGAGUCACCCUCGCUUCUUGUGACGCUCAUGUUUACUUUGAAUGAGCUCUUCUCGACAUCCAUGGCCAAAACUACUGGGCUUUUGCUGCGCAUAACCGAGCUACUACCCCCGAAAGCGGUGCUACUAGUGGUUGAUAGCCCAGGCAGCUACUCGACCCUGAAAAUGGGGAAGGGUAAAGAUGGAGCUCCACAAGAAAGAAAAUACCCUAUGAAGUUCCUCCUUGAUCAUACAUUGCUCUCCGUGGCAGAAAAAAAGUGGGAGAGAGUAUACACCCAAGAUUCACGAUGGUGGAGACGUGAUGCAGCGCGGUUGCGGUAUGACGUUGGCGAGGGCGCCGGCUUGGAGGAUAUGCGAUUCCAAGUGCAUGUCUACCGUCGACUAUAA